UUAAAGUUCAUGUUCUUUCAAAAAUAAGAUAAAUUUAACCAUGAAAUCGUUAAGUGUGUCGUUUCUUUUUAUUUUAAUUUCUUUUCAAUGUUAUUCAGUUGAGGCCUGGGACAAUGAAGAACUAGAAAUAUUUGAUUUAGUUGAGGAAAUCGGAGUUACAUUGUCGUUUUAUAAAGUCCUAGGAGUAGAACAGAGUGCUAGUCUUUCUGAAAUUAAACGUGCUUUUAGAAACUUGUCAAUCGUGUUACAUCCCGAUAAAAACAAGGCAGAAGAUGCGAAUAUUCAAUUUAGAAAUCUUGUGUCCGUCUAUGACGUACUUAAAGACACGUCAAAACGUGAGAAAUACGAUAAAGUUCUUCGUGAUGGCUUACCUAACUGGAAGUCGGCCCUCUAUUACUACCGUAGAAUGCGAAAAAUGAGCAUAACUGAGGCUGCCGCAAUUUUCUUUGUCAUAAUAACUGUUGCUCAGUAUCUUUUUGCUUGGGCUGCUUACAUUGAAAAAAAAUACACAGCAGAGCAGGUGUUCGGAAGCCGACUGAAAAAGAUGCAAAAGAAAAACAAAACAAAUAUGGGAAUAGACGCCAUAAUUAAUGAAAUACCUAAGCCAAGUGUUGUUAAUACUCUUCCUUUCCAAAUACCUAUUGGUUUAUACAACUUAGUUGUGCAUGGACCAAGUAGCAUAAAAAAAAUGUUCAAAGAAGCAGCAGAAAAACGUAAGCGCGAAAUGGAGAGGCAAAAGCAGGAAAAAGAAGAACAAGAAAGACUUGCGAAGCUAGAAGAGGAACGUGUUAAAGCAAAAGAAGAAAUGAAGCUUCGCAAACGAAAAGCCGCUCAAAAUGUCCCACACAAGAGUGAUGAAGAACUUGCAUCAUAUUCUGUAUCUGCCGUUAAGGAUGGAGUAUCCGAUGAUGAUAGUCUUCGACGCACAUCAAAAAUAAUAUCAGGAGGGUUAUGGACAGAUGAUGAUCUUGUGGAAUUAGUGCGGCUUGUAAAAAAAUAUCCCGGAGGUACGACAAAUCGCUGGGAAGUUAUCGCAGAAAUGAUGAACCGAUCAGUGUAUGAUGUCACUCAUAUGGCUGCAAAAUUGAAGGACACGGCCUAUAAAGUACCCGGUCAAGCCGAAAGCCCGGCAGAACAAAUUCUGCAAGAGGGCAAUAAAAACAAAAUUAAAACCAGAAAAGCUACAGAAAUCACACAGGCUGAAAGUGUAUGGACACAAGAACAACAAAAGGCCUUAGAAGCAGCUAUAAUUAAAUAUCCCAAAACCGUUGUCGGAGACCGAUGGCAAAAAAUUUCCAGUAGUGUCCCCGAUAAAACAAAAGAAGAGUGUCUUGCUCGGUACAAAUACUUGGUCGAGUUUUUGAAGAAACAAAAGCAAGUGAAUGAAAUGCAGGAUGAAAAACCUCCAGAAGAAUUGAAAGCAUGUCCUGCACCUGAAAAUUUAUUAGCAAAUAAUGAGAAUGUUGGUAGUAAAUCUGAGAAAAAAUCAAAGAGCAAACGAGGAAAACAAAAAGAGGAUGAAGGCUUUGAAAUAGUUGAAGCAGAAGAAGAGGUGGAACCUAUUAAACAACAACGAACCACCGGAGGUAAGGCAAAAAAUCAACGUAAGGCCCGAAAGAAGGACUUUGAAAUUAGCUACGAAGACUACGAAGAAUCUGAGAGUGACAGUGAUAUUUAAAUGCACUAAAGCUAGUAAAUAGAAAGCCUUUUAAAGUGAAUAAAUUCCACGGUUGACCAAUUUCUGUUUUAUUUUAAUAUUGCUUUUUUUUUAACCAAGCAUAAAAAAUCACUAUUUA